AUGCCGGUGGCUGCGCUCCCGCUACACCCGACCGCUACGUACGUGGGCAAGGGCUUCCCAAAGUUUGGCCAGCCGCGCGAGAUCGCCCACUUCUCGCGCGACGCCUCGCGGCGGGUCCGCUUCGACAAGAGCGGUCUCGGCGCCUACCGGACGCCGCGGCUGCCAGCGGCGCUUGACGUGGGGUUUGAGAGCUACGUUCCUAAAUCGCACGACCCAAACGAGCCCGCGCCGCUCGGCGACGUCGUCGCCGCCCUCUCCCACAAGGGCGUGCGCACCACCGACGCGCACAUCCUGACGUACCGCAACAACCUCAACAAGAUCUUUGGGACGGUCUACAACCGGAAGGACGACUGGGAGGUUGGCGUGGAGCGGUGCGCCGACGGCACGGUCCUGCUGCACGUCAUGGACACCGAGCGCAAGCGGGCGGAGGAGGCGAGGCGCGACGAGCGGCAGCAGCGGAUGUCCUACUGGGGCUACAAGCUGUCGACCCUCGACGGCGGCGAGGACGACGGCGGGCCGCUGCCGCCCGUCAACGCAAACGAGGAGUUUUGCUCGAGCGUCCACCAGAUGCGGAACAUGCGGAAUGCAGACCAGCCAGUCACUCCAGUCUUGCACGCGGACGGCGGGAUUGUCCAGCUGUCCAUCGACCGCACGAAGCUCUUCAUGGCGGCCGAGAUCGACUGCGCCGCCACCGGCGGUGGCGGCGCCCCAGCGGCGGGGUACGUCGAGCUGAAGACGAGCAAGCGGCACGCGUCUCCCCGCGAUGAGGAGACAGUGGUAGCAGCAGUAGCAGUAGUAGUAGCAGCAGCAGCAGCAGUAGGAGUAGGAGCAGUAGCAGCAGCAAGCGACGAGGAGCAGUGGGUAGACAUGCACACGCCGUCUACCUGCCGUCCGCCUGCCGUUGCGCUUGCUGUGCACAGGAGAGCUUCCAGCGGCACAAGCUCUUCAAGUACUGGCUGCAGUCUUUCCUCGCGGGCGUGCCGACUGUGCUCGUCGGCUUCCGCGACGAGCGAGGGACGGUGCACGAGCUCAAGAGCUUCGAGACCUCGACGAUGCACAGGCUCGUGCGCGGCGCGGGGCGAGAGCCCUACUGGGAGCCCGCCGCCUGCAUCAACUUUGGGAAGGGCGUGCUCGAGUGGCUGCUCGCCUCGCUCGCCGCCAACCCCGCCGCCGCGCACUACCCCACACUGAUGGUGUGGGAGAUGGACGUGGACGUCGAACACAACUCAUGCAAGUAA